AUGUCGUCCAUGGAUUGGGGAUCCGAUGGAAGUGACUAUGGUUCCCUCAUGAUGGAAGAUGAUGACGCCUCCAUGUCUUCGUCCCAAGAUUCACUCUCGUCCUCCUUUGAACCCGAGUUUCUUCCCAUAUUGCCCAAACCCAAUUGGCCCGAUCCCAGUUUGAUAUCGGUGGAGCAAUUGGACAAGAUGAUUACGACUCAUUUGCGGAAUUCUACGUUGCGAAGAGCCUUGACGCAAAUUGAUACUAGCGGCGUCGUUUUCAUGCCCCACUUUUCGGAACCUUCGCUCAUUCCAGAAGGAUACUUUACCAAUUCAGAGGUGCUGGACGAAGCCCAAGACAAGUUGCGUCGGACUCCCAAGUUGACCAUGAAGACCUGUGGGACCAUGUUGCAUUACGCCUGUCACGAUCCCGAUUCCAAGCGGGGGGAAGAAAAAAUCAAGAGGAUUUUGAAAGCUGCCAAAACGGUGGAUUUGUCCGUGGCGAGAAUAUGUUCCAUCAACGAAGUGCAUUUGGUGCCACGCAACAAUGGAAGGUGGGAGGAAUUGGAAGAUCCAGACGAUGAAAAACAGGGAUUUGGAACGACUCGAAAUACACCCUUUUAUACUCUACUCCGAGCAAGAAAGCUUGGUGCGAUUCGGAUUCUGGCGAGUGCCUGGCCUCGAAUUGUGAAUCUGCGGGAUAUCCGCAAGCAAGAGGGAUACAGUGUGUAUGGAGAAACCUACACAACGCUUUUGGAAUUGAUUUACGAUCACUUUGCACCGGCCAAGGAAGCUUGCAAUGACUUGGCCAUUGUAGAGACCAUUCUAGAAUUUGCCGAACGAACUCCGCUGGGGGCCAGAGGAUUGGUAGCGACUAGUUUCCGAUGGCCCACUGGAUUCCAUUGGCAAGAAGGAGAAGACAUGUGCGAACACGAAGAAGAACUAUGUACUGUGGUGCACAUUUGCUUGUCCUGUCGAAAGGAACAACCCGAAUUGAUCACUCCCAUAAUACGGGCGUGGCCAGAAGCACUCAUCCAUUGUGGUGACAUGAUGGAGGAACAGGGAUCUUAUCCACUUCAUAUCGUAUGGAAGAACCCAACGAGUUAUGGGCUCGCGGUACAGUUUACGGAAAAUCUAUUGUCCAAUUCAGUAAUCGAGGGUGUGGCAACUGCUCUUUUGAAUACCAAUGUUGAUGGAAAACUUGGUCUAGCGAAAGUCUUGCAAACCAUGCCCGUUCCAAUGACACCUGAAAACCAACGAUUACGGAAACGGUUGAUUCACUUUAUGGAAUCGUUGCGAGAUAAGAAGGACGAAAAGGGAAGGACCUUGUUGCACUACAUUGCAGCCAACGAAUGCCGACCAAAUGCACGAGAACUAUACUUUCAACAACUCAAAUUUAGUGACGAAUACUGGAGGCAGACGGGACGAGGAAACGCUUCGUUGGAUAUUCCAGAACUCCCACCGGCAGGAAUUCUAGCGUGGAACAAGGAAAAGCACAAACUUCAAGAACGCAAUGACAUCUACAAGGCACAAGUCAUUAAUUGGAUUUUGAGAGAUGACCCAGAACUUGCCUACGUCCAAGACAAGGAUGGACUGAACCCAUUUCAUUACGCAUUGAAACAAGGAAUGACCUGGAAUGCGGGUUUGGAAGCUCUGGUCAAUGAUUUGCCGGAAUGGGCCGAGAGUUAUACCAAGCAAGGAUUGCUCCCAUAUCAACUAGCAGCCACGCAAACACCCAGUGAUGGAGAACUCGAUACGAUUUAUCACUUAUUGAAAUUCGUUGGAAGGAUGUAG